AUGAGCUUCGUCUACCGCACGAGCAACGCCGCUCCGGCCGAUUACGAGACUCCCCCCUUCCCGUCGCUCUAUUGGCCCUUCCCCGUGCGCGGCCACCAGGCUUACUACCUCUAUGAUCCUGGCGACGUGUGGCGCUUCACCUUGCUGUGGACCCUGAUCUUCUAUGGCGCCGUCCACAUCGCCACAUCAGGCUACGCCAUCAUCGUGCAGUGGCGCAACUGGAAGGUCAUUUGGAUCAUUCCUGUCAUCUUCUGUGUCAUAGGCGGCAUUGAAGCCGUCAUAGCCGGGAGCAUUGUCGGCGGGUUACUGGGUGGCGUGUACAACGCUGGCUAUUACAACAUGUCAACGUGGAUCCCUUUUGUCUGGGGGCUGAUCAAUACCUUGGUCCUCAUCCUGUCCUCGUUUGCCAUACAGGGCGCCCUUUGA